AUGGGUCAUAUCAACCCACAGCAAGACCGAGUGGACAGAACGGACGCCAUAGAAAAUUGCUCCCGGGACCUCUGGGGGCUUGAGAAUGGCAGCCAUUUUGUGAAAGAGUCAGAAAGCAUAACGCUUAGUCACAUAUCACUUUUCCCCAAACCACCACCACCGUUUGCUCGUAGUGCACGGUGCUUAGCCCAAACCCGGUUCUGUAAACGAGCGCUCCUGGGGGCUCCUACUUUUGGCCCUGAUCUCAGCGUCCGGCUCAUCUGUCCCGAAUGUCGAGAUCCAAAUCCAGAAAUUGCGGAGGAGUUUGGUAGUGGAGACCUCGUUUGCAGAAACUGUGGUUUGGUGCUGGGUGACCGGAUUGUUGAUACGCGGAGCGAGUGGCGGACUUUUGCCAACGAUGAAGGCGACGAUCCAUCUCGUGUUGGUGCAGCUUCCGACCCUUUACUUGAAGGUCGAGAACAACUCGACACCAUUGUUAGCUUUCGCGACGGUGGCUCUGGACUUGCCCGUGAACUACAGCGUGCAGCAUCGCGAGCCCAAAGUUCUCGCUCUGAACGCAAUCUUCUCACUGCAUUUCGCGACAUUUCCAACUGGUGUGACCAGUUUUCCCUCCCAAAAACCAUCAGCGAUAUCGCCAAACAGCUAUACAAACGCUCGGACGAAGAAAAACUCCUCCGUGGCAAGCCUCUCGAUGCUGUCAUUGCCGCCUGCAUCUUCAUUGCCUGCCGACAAGCUCACGUGCCACGAACGUUUCGCGAGAUUUGCAACCUCACGCACGUCUCUAAGAAGCUGCUUGGUCAGUGCUACAAAGCACUUGAGCAAGCCUUCAACCUUACGCCGGGCGCCUCAGCAACAGCGUCGACCCCAGGCGUGACCACGGGUCCAGAAAAGAUGCUGGCUCGUUAUUGUAACCACCUUGACCUUCCGGCAAAUGUCCAGUCUAUUUGCGCCGAUAUCAUUGUCACAGCUCGAGAACUGGGAAUCGCGGAUGGACGGAGUCCUGUCUCAAUUGCGGGUGGAGCCAUAUAUUUCACUUGUAAUCUUCUUGGGGCGAGCAAGCCGUUGAAGGACAUCAGUCUCGUGGCUGGCGUGAGCGAGGGAACGAUCAAGCUGGUUUAUCGGUUGUACUUCUUGGACAAGGAGAAGCUUGUCAAGCAGGAAUGGAUUGACGCAGGCAAAGCAGAUUUGAGUCGGCUUCCUGGGCCUACGGUGUCGUGA